UGGUUCGGGGCGGCGGUCGCUGGCCAUGGGGCUCGGGGCGGCAGCCGGGGCCCUGCUGGUGGCACUGGGGGUGCUGGGAGCCCCCCCGGGUGCGGGCGCGGAGCUGUCGGGGGUGCUCCAGUUCAUGGGAAGCCGCGAGUGUCACUUCAUUAACGGCACGGAGAAGAUUAUGUUCGUGGACAGGUACAUCUACAACCGGGUGCAGUUUGCGAUGUUCGACAGCGACGUGGGGCACUUCGUGGGGUUCACCCCCUUUGGGGAGAAACAGGCCCAGUACUGGAACAGCGACCCGGGUAGUCUGGAUCACGCACGGACUGCGGUGGACUGGUACUGCCGGCCCAACUACGAGGCGUCCCGCCCGUUCAUCACGGAGCGCCGAGUGCCCCCCAGCGUGUCCAUCUCGCUGGUGCCCGCCUCGAGCUCCCAGCCCGGCCCCGGCCGCCUGCUCUGCUCCGUGAUGGAUUUCUACCCUGCUGCCAUCCAGGUGAGGUGGUUCCAGGGCCAGCAGGAGCUGUCGGAGCACGUGGUGGCCACGGACGUGGUGGUCAACGGGGACUGGAGCUACCAGCUGCUGGUGCUGCUGGAAACGCCGCCCCGGCGCGGGCUGAGCUACAGCUGCCAGGUGGAGCACGUCAGCCUGGAGCAGCCGCUGAGGCGGCACUGGGAGAUGGCGCCGGACGCCGGCCGCAGCAAGAUGCUGACGGGCAUCGGGGGCUUGGUCUUGGGCUCGGUCUUCGUGGCGCUGGGGCUCGGCUUCUACGUGCGCAAGAAGAGCUCCUGAGGCGGCGGCGGCCGCAGCCCCUCCCCGUGGGCUCGGGCCCGGCCGGGACCCCCCGCUCCGUCCCCGCUGCGCUGAUUCUGGGGGGGUCCCGUGUCCCCCCCAGCGCCGCUGGCGCUCUGC